AUGAAACAAGAAAACCUCUCUGGCUACCUUGUAUUAGAGUUUGAUAAUACUUCUAACAGUAACAGCAACAGCAACAGCAACAGCAACAACCAUAAAACAGCCCAUCUCAACCCUAUUAGUGCUGUAUCAUCAGUUAAUGAUACAGCAGCUAUUGUCUAUCCUGAUCUUUCCCUUCUUAUAACUCUUCCUUUGCCUUCUGAAGCCAUAAAGAUUAUUGAAGAUCAGUUGAAAAGUAGCAGCAGCUGUAGAAGUACAAGAAUUUCAGUUCUUAGACAGAUUGAUAGUUGGGGAGUUGGCGUUAGAAAGCCUAAUUAUGAAGAAAUUUACAACAGAAUGAGAAAGAUGACUACUUUGUUAUAUAUGUUUGCUUCUGAUGAAAAUGCAUCUAUUUCCAUCUGGUUAAAUGUAAAGCUAGCAGAACAAAACUAUUGCAUUUUUGAAAUCAAUCUUUCUGUUUAUAAUGACGGUAAAAAACAAUUUGCCUUUGGAUUUCAAUCACCAAUGCAAGUUUCAAGCAUGAGAAUCUCGCAAUCUUUUUGUCUCAAUGCCACCCAUUCCAUUUCGUCCAGAAGCGACGAAGUAUUAUAUACUUUAGUCACUCGCCAUCCUCAAACAGGAAAGGGAUUCCCUGUUGCAUACAUGGUGACAAACAACCAGACAGCCAUAUCUAUCAAACUUUGGCUUGACCACCUUCGCAUCAAGAGCAGCUUCGUACCAAUGAAUAUCACCAUUGACUGUAGCAUUAUGGAGGUUAAUGCAAUCAAAGAAGCAUUACCUCAUGCUACAAUUCACUACUGUGAUUUUCAUGUUCUUUGCGCUUGGCAGCACAACCUUGACAGCAAGAUUAAACUUAAUGCCUCUUAUACAUCAGAACAACUUGGGAAUUAUAAGACUGCACUGAAGAACUACCUGAGACACAUUCUCAUCGAGUCCAACAAAGACGUGUUCCUAAGAGCAAUUGAAGAUUUUAAACUGAUGGUUCAGGAUCAACCUCAGUUUUUGAAAUAUUUUGAGAAGAAAUGGACCAAGAAUGAAGAAUUGUUGCGAAGAUGGGGGCGCCCGUACGUUAGCCAACAACAUCAGAGAUAUGUGACAAACAACUAUGUAGAAUCAUGGCACAAUCAACUCAAAACAAUCUACUUUGGUCGUGCACACAUCAGAAGAUUGGAUCGACUGAUUUUUAUCUUGACAAAUGAUGUGGAGUUCUAUUUUGAACAAGAGGUUGAGUGUAUUCACUUCAACAAUGGUAAGAUGGGUCCCAUUGAUAAUGAGUUAGCAAGAAAUUCUUUUGUUGCUUCAAAAAUCCAAAAUGACAUGCUCCCUUCCAUGAUUCUCAACCCUUUGGGUGAGACUGGUAACAGCAUGGAUGAUUAUAAUGACGCUAUAAAUGCAAACGAGAACGAAGUUGAGGAAGAAGUAGAGGAGGAAUUAGAGAGUGGAGGUACUGCUGAAGAUAGAGGUGUAUAUGUCUUUGAUAAAAUUGCAGCUUAUUCUGCAACGAUGCAUCACGGCUUUGAAGAUCUUCAAACUUUGAAGACAAUUCCUGGCUUAGAUCAAACAAAGGCAGAUCUUAUAAAAAGAGCACUCGCAGAUGCUGUGAGGUUGAUGGAUGAAUAUAGAAGUAGUGAUUGUGGCCAUGCUGGCUGUGGUAGCCAUGAUAGCCAUGGUAGCCAUGGUAGCCAUGGUGGUCAUGCUUGCCAUGGUGGUUAUGGUGGCAGUGUUAUUGACCAAGAUGAGGCUGUCAUGAAGCCCAACUACAUGAGCUUGGUCAACAUGUCUAACAUGCAGCCAAGAGGUGAACAGUGGGACCAGAUGGUGAUGACUUUUAAGAGACUGCUGAGUCAGAAUAGUCUUGAUCAAACCUUUAACAGAACAGGUGUUGGAAGAGAGAUGGCCAUACAACAACCAGUUACAAGUUUUAUGACAUCUAGAUCUGAAGCUUCUAUAGCUGAACUGCAGAGAAACAUUGAGAUUACUGCUUCUGCUUCUGUUGUUACAUCUGUUGUCACAUCUGUUGAACCUUCUCUUCUCAGUACUUCUGACACAAAUAUUGCAACAGCUACAUCAAACAGCAGCAAUAGUACUGGUCCUUUUAGCUUCUGGGCAUACACCCAACAGCAUCAACAGAUGUUGGAAAUGUUAGAAAGGAUUGCGAGAGAGUCCGAUGGCUGCCUUGUCUUUGCUGUCUCUGCUGCUCUCAAAGGUCAGCCUGAAACUGUCUCGUCUGGGUCUCCAUCAAUGGUCUCAUGA